AUGUUUGGCCCAUUGUCCCAGUCCCCGGUCCUCACAGUCCCAGUCCCCGGUCCUCACAGUCCCAGUCCCCGGUCCUCACAGUCCCAGACCCCGGUCCUCACAGUCCCAGACCCCGGUCCUCACAGUCCCAGACCCCGGUCCUCACAGUCCCAGUCCCCGGUCCUCACAGUCCCAGACCCCGGUCCUCACAGUCCCAGACCCCGGUCCUCACAGUCCCAGACCCCGGUCCUCACAGUCCCAGACCCCGGUCCUCACAGUCCCAGUCCCCGGUCCUCACAGUCCCAGACCCCGGUCCUCACAGUCCCAGACCCCGGUCCUCACAGUCCCAGACCCCGGUCCUCACAGUCCCAGACCCCGGUCCUCACAGUCCCAGUCCCCGGUCCUCACAGUCCCAGUCCCCGGUCCUCACAGUCCCAGACCCUGGUCCUCACAGCUCGGACUAUCUACGCUGGGACUAUCUACACCGGGACUAUCUACCCUGGGACUAUCUACACCGGGACUAUCUACGGCGGGACUAUCUACGGCGGGACUAUCUACGGCGGGACUAUCUACACCGGGACUAUCUACGGCGGGACUAUCUACGGCGGGACUAUCUACGGCGGGACUAUCUACGGCGGGACUAUCUACGGCGGGACUAUCUACGGCGGGACUAUCUACGGCGGGACUAUCUACGGCGGGACUAUCUACGGCGGGACUAUCUACGGCGGGACUAUCUACGCUGGGACUAUUAUUGUCUAA